AUGGAGCUAUCUGGCGGAGGAGAGUCGGCCGAAGGUCCUUCAUCACGGGGCUCGACUAAAGUUAACUUUCCUCCCGAUGUUGAGCUGGAACGUCGUCCGACAGGCACAUUCGCGGGAGCGGCAGCUGCAGCAUUUCAUCGAGGUCGCGGUCGCUCAAUGAGUGCCUGGAGCGACAUAAGUCGCUCUAGCAUCCGUUUUGAAGAAAGAGUGCGAGUGGAAUAUUACGUCAACGAGAACACUUUCAAAGAAAGACUGCAAUUGUAUUUUAUAAAGAAUCAACGUUCGAGUUUACGCAUUAGGAUAGUAAAUCUAUUUUUAAAGAUUCUUGCCUGUCUUCUCUACAUUUUUCGCGUUUGUGCCGACGGAGAUCCAAUAUCUGCAUCUUGUUACGGGUGUAAACCUGGAAACAAGACUGAAUUUGAAUACUCGGCAAAUCUCACGGAAGAAGAGUUUCAAGAGCACCCGAUCAUCAACUGGGACGGAAUAGUAUGGGUGAACCGGCCUCUGUAUCUUUGGUGGGUGCAGAUGAUACUCGCUAUGGUUUCCUUGGCCGAAGCUAUUUUGCUCGUUUACCUCGGAUACAAGGGCAACAUCUGGCAGCAGGUGCUAUCAUUCCACUUCAUUUUGGAAAUGGUUAACACAGUUCCGUUUGCUCUCACCGUACCUUUCCCGCCUCUUCGCAAUUUAUUUAUACCAGUAUUUUUGAACUGCUGGCUGGCUAAGAGGUCUCUAGAAAAUAUGUUUAACGACUUGCACCGUGCGAUGCAGAAAUCUCAGUCGGCUUUGUCCCAGCAACUCAUGAUAUUGUGUGUUACGCUUUUAUGUUUAGUAUUUACUAGCGUGUGCGGUAUACAACAUUUCCAAAGAGCUGGACAUCGUCACCUGAAUCUGUUUCAAGCAACCUAUUUUGUUGUAGUCACGUUUUCGACUGUAGGAUACGGAGAUUUCGUACCCGAUAUUUGGCCUUCUCAAUUAUUCAUGGUCAUAAUGAUUGGAGUGGCACUUGUUGUCUUACCGACACAGGUUUGGAAUAUUCUUUUUGAACAAUUGGCUUUCACCUGGAUGGAGAGGCAGAAGCUGGGCGGUUCUUACUCCUCUCAUCGGGCACAAUCAGAGAAACACGUCGUUGUUUGCUCGACAACUCUCCACGCUGACACAAUUAUGGAUUUCCUAAAUGAGUUCUACGCGCAUCCUCUUCUUCAGGAUUAUUACGUUGUUCUACUUUCACCAAUGGAACUUGAUACGACUAUGCGCAUGAUUCUUCAGGUUCCGAUUUGGGCUCAACGUGUCAUUUACAUCCAAGGAUCGUGCUUGAAAGACACUGAUCUCAUUCGAGCACGUAUGAACGAAGCCGAAGCAUGUUUCAUACUGGCUGCAAGAAAUUACGCAGAUAAAACUGCAGCCGACGAACAUACAAUUUUAAGGUCAUGGGCAGUAAAAGAUUUUGCUCCAAACGUCCCUCAAUAUGUGCAGAUCUUUCGGCCGGAGAAUAAGUUACAUGUUAAAUUUGCUGAAUUCGUAGUUUGUGAAGAUGAGUUUAAAUAUGCACUGCUUGCAAACAAUUGCACCUGUCCCGGAGCCUCGACUCUUGUUACUCUACUGCUGCACACAAGUCGUGGCCAAGAAGGUCAACAAUCGCCUGAGGAAUGGCAUCGUCUUUAUGGGAAAUGCUCAGGAAAUGAAAUAUACCAUAUCGUUCUCGGUGAUAGUCGCUUUUUUGGCGAAUAUGAAGGAAAAAGCUUUACAUAUGCUAGUUUUCACUCACACAGAAAGUAUGGAGUAGCUUUAGUCGGAGUUCGUCCCGCAGAACUACCUGAAUUUUAUGAAGAUACCAUACUUCUAAAUCCAGGCCCACGACACAUCAUGAAAAGCAGCGAUACGUGCUAUUACAUGAGCAUCACGAAGGAAGAAAAUUCUGCUUUCGUAGUAUCGGACAAACAGACAGAAAGCAAAUCCAAUGCUAUAUCAAAAGAUCAAACUGCAUGUAGCCUCCUCUCUAACGAAAAGAAGACCGGCGAUGCGGAAGGCGGCACCGGACAGCAGAAAAGACCAGACGGUACUAAUGUGGCUCAGUACGACCUACCACAAGUGAUUCUACAAGCUCCCGCGAGUUCCACACCAAAUACAUCGCCAUCACGCAUCUACCCAGCUAAUACUGUAUCAUCCGCUAAUUUAACUGUUGCUGGCUCUAAAUUCGGAGAAGCAUCAACUUCGGCGUCAGAUUCGCGCACCUGUCUCAAAGAAUCACCGGCUACCGAUAGCGCAACCGACAGCCACCUUUUACUUCCUCGACCAGACAAUACUAACUUUUUAAGCCCCGAUAGCUUAAACUGUCGACGAGGUAGUAGACGGCCAUCGAUUUUACCAGUUCCGGAUAUGGUAACCAGCAGCUUAAAUAUUGCAUCUGACAAUCAAGAGGAAGGGGUGGGAGCUGAUGAAAGUGAGGACGAGUUGGAGGAUGACGUGCCGUGGCGGUCGCCCUCCGAAAAGAUUGCGAUCGUGAAAGGGUUUCCACCCGUUUCGCCUUUUAUUGGCGUCAGUCCAACACUUUGCUACUUGUUAAAAGAGAAGAAGCCACUUUGUUGCCUUCAGCUUGCGCAAGUGUGCGAACAUUGCGCGUAUCGGAACGCAAAAGAAUAUCAAUGGCAAAAUAAAACCAUCAUCCUAGCCGCCGAUUACGCUUCUAAUGGAAUUUACAACUUUAUUAUUCCAUUGCGAGCUCAUUUUAGAUCUAAAACUUCACUAAAUCCCAUCAUCCUUUUACUGGAACGUAGACCUGAUGUGGCUUUCCUCGACUCCAUAUCUUAUUUUCCACUUGUCUAUUGGAUGCUUGGUACUAUUGACUGCUUAGACGAUCUUCUACGAGCCGGGAUAACAUUAGCCGAAAACGUGGUGGUUGUCAACAAAGAAUUAUCAAACUCUGCCGAAGAGGACAGUCUCUCAGAUUGCAACACCAUUGUGGCAGUGCAAACGAUGUUCAAAUUCUUUCCAUCUAUAAAAUCUAUAACGGAACUAUCUCAAUCAUCAAAUAUGCGUUUUAUGCAAUUCAGAGCUCACGAUAAAUACGCAUUACACCUCUCAAAGAUGGAAAAGCGUGAAAAAGAAAGAGGAUCCCAUAUCUCCUACAUGUUUCGACUGCCUUUUGCAGCUGGUUCUGUUUUUUCCGCCUCUAUGUUGGAUACUCUUCUUUAUCAAGCAUUUGUAAAAGAUUACGUCAUCACCUUUGUAAGACUACUCUUGGGUGUUGACCAGGCCCCUGGGUCAGGAUUCCUCACUUCUAUGAAAAUUACAAAGGAGGAUAUGUGGAUACGUACAUAUGGUCGACUGUAUCAAAAGCUAUGUUCUACGACAUGCGAAAUCCCUAUAGGGAUCUAUCGCACACAGGAUACGAGUCUAGCUGAUCAAGCCCACCACGUGAGUAUGUCGCCACGGAGCCCGUCUGGGUGGUUUUGGUCACGCCUCGCGGGAUUGCGACCAUCGCGCGCAUCGUAUUCAACAAGCUUAGUAGACGAAGCUCGUGAUAAUCAUGCUCAGCAAAUUGAGAGAGCAGAAAUUGCAAACCUUGUACGGUCCAGGAUAGAGUCCUUAAACUUGACUGGAGUCGACUACGAUGAUGUAAGCGAAAAACGUAACAGUCUAUCAUACGUUAUCAUAAAUCCGAGCUGUGACCUUAAUUUGCAAGAAGGCGACAUUAUAUACUUGGUACGACCCUCGCCGUUUUCAGCUCAAAAGACGUUUGAACGUCAUAACAGCCGUCGUAAAUCCAACAUUAGCUUUUGCUCUACUGCCCUGAUCCAAGCUGCAGCAGCAGGCAGUCGUCGUGGCUCUGCUUUGGGAGGCCUAGUCAGCCUCUCUCCUCGAGCCCCACCUUUAACUAAUGCAAAGGCAAACUCACUUUCCCUUCCUGAUAGCCCUACAAUCGUUACGGACUUUCGUGGGCGUUCUAAUUCUCUUAGAGUUGUUGACGAUAUUCUUUUACGUCGCUCAAACUCCUUACGACAAGGACUCGGAGCGCCUGCUACUUCUCGUCGCCGUAAAAGCAGUCUGGAAGAAAUUGGAAUAUCGCACUUUAAUUCACUUUUACAACACCAGCAAAAGCAACAAAACGCUAAUGCUAUUAAGAUUGCUCUAAAUGGAAGCAUUGGUCUCGAGGUUACACCGCCAGAUGAAAGUCCAAUGGAUAGAUUUGGAUAUCAGGACAUUGCUGCUGCCCUUCCAUCUACUUCUUCUGGAUCAGGUUUGCCACCUCCGUCUCCAGACCCGCAGCACCUUCAAGGAACAAUCGUAUGAUAUAAUCUUAUGUGGGGACGACGACUCAGUUCCGUAGUGAGGAACAAGUGGAAUUAAGCCUACAUGACACCGGCUAGAAAAAUGUCCUCGGAACAUAUUUUCGUCUCGUAGCGUCUCUACUAUGCACGUAGCGUUUCUACUAUGAAAUUUCCAAAGAAACUUCAAAGUGAGUGACUGGAUCAGGACAAUACGCGAUAGUGAAAUCUGUGUAUUGUAAGCGGGAUCAACUAGUUAAUAUGUAAAGGGAAAGGCCUAAGGCUGUACAUAACGGGGCUUUCUUUGGUCUUAUUGUAUUGUAUGUAUAUAAGAGUGCGACUAUCAAUAAAACUCUUUCACUAUAUUAAAAUAUUUACAAAAUAUUUAUUACGUGUACUUAAUAUUAUAUUAUCAAAUGGAUUUAUUGGUGAUGUAGCAUAUCUCUAAUUUAGAUUUAAUAGAUGUGUAUGAUGAUUAUAACUUCAGAAUUGAAUCAAUAUUAAAAGUUGUGUACCUAUAUCAUUAUUAUUAGAUUUGUUGACUGUCGAAUUGUAUUUCAAAUAGUAUCUGUGGCAAUCAAUAAAGUCUAUACGACCUAA